GUUAGAAGUAGGUAAGUUAACUUACAGGUGACGAAACUCAGCUCGGAGAGGCCGCGUGCCGGCGAAAGUUCUUCGAAGGCUCCGCACCCGGUUUGCUGCCAAUUAAACAAAUCGAGUUUUUUGGUCCUUCCUCGUUAUCCAAGUUCCACUUCCCAACUGCUCGCCUGAAUGUUAGCUGCCGUUUCCGGCCUUCGGGUUAUUUGACUAGUUUUCCGUUCUUAACUGCAGCUUGCUACUCCGUCGUUCCAGUUCAUCGUACUUUCAUGCAUAUCCCACUUGAUGCUAUAUUUUGUAUGUCUACGGAGCUGGUGUUUUGGUAGUUUCCAAAACAGAAAACUUGAUGCAUAACACUUCCUUCUUGAUGAAAUGUGCUUCUCAUCCAUUGUUCAUCUUUGCCUCCAAUUAUAAAUGUUGAAGAUAUCUGUCAAAAUGGAAGCAUUAAAGGCUCUACCACCUGGGUUUGGCUUUCAUCCAACAGAUGUUGAGCUUAUAUCUCACUAUCUUAGGAGGAAAAACCAAGGCCAGAAGGCCGACUUUGAAGUGAUACCAGAGUUGGACAUAUAUAAGCGUGAACCAUGGGAUUUACCCGCUUGUUGUCCGAUCCCCACAAGGGACAGCAUGUGGCACUUUUUUGCCUCUCGUGAUAGGAAGUAUCCAAACGGUUCACGCACAAAUAGAGCGACUGAAGCAGGCUAUUGGAAGUCCACUGGUAAGGAUCGAAACAUCAGAUUUCUCAACCAAGUCAUUGGGACCAAGAAGACGCUAGUUUUUCAUCAAGGUCGGCCACCCUCUGGAAAGCGCACAGAUUGGAUCAUGCACGAAUACUUUAUGGAUGAAAAAGAGAGCAAGACUAGCUCUGUAAUUAAGAGUACUUAUGUCCUUUGUCGUGUUACUAAAAGGAAUGGCUUUGCAGUUGAAGGAAGUAAUGUCUCAGCCCAGACUGAAGAAGCCAAUGCUUACCAAAAUACUGCAAAAGCUUUGUAUCUAUCUCUGCAUGAGAGCAUGGCACAGCAGAAGUCAAGCCAGUCCGAGAGUACUGAAAACCUGAAUGCAUGGUUUGAGGAGCUCUUAUUUGAUGGAUCUAUUCACUUCAACAUUACUUCUUCCAUAGAAUCAAAAACAGCACCACAGGUUUCACAGAACGUCCAUCAUGCUCUGAUUCCAAAGGAUGAGCCCUUGGACUUAGGCUUCUGGCCAGAAGAAAUCAUAGAUGUCCUACAUGAUGACAUUUCCGCCAUGCCUGAGAUCAAUGAAUUGCUUGCAGUUGAUCACAAAGCCACAUCAUCACUAAUCAAUUCAAACAAAUAUGAAACUGAUGGUUUCGAAAAGGCAAUACCUGCUAUUGGAACGUUCCAACACAAUGUGAAGCUUCAAGUUCAGUCCAGGAAGAUGGAAUCAUUGAACAGUGCAUCUGUGUGCCAGACCAUCAAACCUGCACAGGUUGAUUGCGGCAUCAAAAAUAACAGGCCUCGUAAGCCAAUAAACUUAAAGUUAGAGAAUAAGCGAGAAGCAAUACAGGAUGCAAUAAAGGGGCUCUUAGCUGUGGUUAGGAGUUUCUUUUCCUGUGUCUGAAAGAAGGGCAGGGACUUGCUGUUUCCUGGGUUCUUACGUAAUUGGAACUGCAGCUUUGGUCAUCUGAUAUCUGUCUCGUGAUUGCCUAAAGUUCUAGAGUAGCUUCACUGCUAUGGGGUUGCAAAUUAUAGCCUGUAUUUUGGUAAAUAUCUAUGGUACUAAGAAGUUUUUGAUUUCCUGUUUAAAUCGUUCCUCGCGGUAAUUAGGUUUAUUGUCUAUUUUAUAUGAUAGGUUUACUUGUUUUGUUUUUUGAUAGUUGUUUUAUAAUGUAGGAUUAGGAUAGUCUCUACUUCCUCCCUGUUCAUCAGUAGGUGAGGGAAUUGUAAUUUUUGCGUUGGGAUCAAGAAUAAUGUCACAAUGAUUAUGAGGAAUAGAAUAAUAUAGACAUUUUGUAUUUCGUGAUCUUUUCAA